GGAUCUAACACCAUGCCCAUGCGUGCUGUUCAUCAGAUGGCCAACACUAAUUUAAUUCUUACUUUCCAUGCUGGACCUCUUCAUAUAGAAUGGGAAAGAAUACAUAAAGGAAAAGAACAAGCGACAAAGGGCCUUGAGGAUCUAGUUGAUGAAGACAGUAAUGGAGCAAUAGACCCGCAAGAGUUGAAACACGCUUUCAGUAAGAAAGAGAUCAAUUUUACUGAUGAAGAAAGCAACAGUCUAUUUCAACCGUGUGAUAUUAACGAAGAUAUGGGAAUCAAGUUCAGCGAAUUCAUCGUUCUGCUUUGUCUUGUCUAUCUUCUGAAGGAUGAUCCUUCUGCUUUGCAUACUGUAUCAGGGGAAUACAUCAAGUAA